AUGGGUGGGAUGACCAAUGAUUCCUUCGCUAAGUUUCUCGCAGGUACUGCUACCCACCUUGAUGAAAAUGAAACUCGAUAUCUCAUUUUCGAUGGAGCACCAGCACAUCGCCGACCCGAGCAACCUGGAGACAACGUAUAUAUGCGUAUAUUGCCACCAUACUCACCAUUCCUAAAUAUUGUCGAGCAAGCUAUAAGGCUGAAGGCCAGCAUCAAGGCAGAUAUUUCAUGCCCUGCUAUACAAGAACGCUUUGCCGAAAGAAAUGCGGCAAGAAAUGCCCACCUUCCCCUUU